GCGUGCAGAUUAUAGACAAAGAAGAAAAUUUAUCGCUUUCGGUUUUUUCUCACAUCGAAUUUAAUUUUUAUUAUAAAAAUUUUUACUCUCUAUUUUUCAAUCCAAAACUUAUUAUAAAACUUCUUCUCUUCAACAAGUUUAAAUAAAAAUAAACUACCUAUCCACCAUAUUUUAUUUGUUGUAUUCUGUAUUAUUUGUUCUGUAUUUUGUCGUGAAAAAUAAGAAGAAAAAAAAAUCCAACCAAAAAAAAAAAAACGAAGUGUACUCGACAACAACGACGACGGGACGGCUCUUUUGGACGAAAAAAAAACUCGUAUUUCAAGAAUUCAUCUUUUCUUCCUUCGUGUGGUGACUCUAAAGUUUCAACCCUUUUUGUGUGCAGAGUGUAAACACCUACAAAAAAAAAUAAAAGUGAAAAAAAAAGAAAUUUUAGGUAAAAAAGAAGAAAAAGUCUGCGCUGGAAAAAAAUAACACAAAAUCCAUAUCAAGCAAAUUGUCCAAUUGAUGAAAAGCCCUCAACACCGCCAUCAUCAAAUUUAUCGAAAAUAACAACAACAACAUUAAAAACAUCAACUACUAUCACAGCAGAAAAAACAACAAGAAAAAGAAACUCCAACAAGUUGAAAUUAUGGACUGCAAUGCUUGAACGGUUUCGUCUAGGUGGAUUGAGUGGGACCUAUCGCAUUCGUAGUGCAGAGCUGGCGCGCGAUAAGAAACAACGACAACAAUGUGUCACUGUACUAUUCCUAGAUGACAGUACACACACCUUUCGGAUUGAUAAGCGUGCGAAAGGCGCUGAAUUACUCGACCAAGUUUUUCAGUUUCUCGAGCUAUCCGAAAGGGACUAUUUUGGCCUGCUAUUUCCACAAAAACCUGGUGAUGUUGUCCGGUGGGUCGAUGCACAUAAGCAAUUUAAAAAACAAUGGAACAGCAGCUCACUGGAUCCAGAUGCCGUUCCAAUAUUAGAAUUUAGAGUUAAGUUUUAUGUAAGUGAUCCAAGUCGACUACAGGAAGAGUAUACACGAUAUCAAUUUUAUUUACAAAUCAAGAGAAAUGUAUUUCUGGGUAAAUUGCAGUGUUCUUUGGGCACGCAAUGCCUUUUGGCAAGUUAUACUGUGCAAUCUGAAUUAGGUGAUUUUAAUCCGGCCGAACAUCAACCUGGUUAUUUGAGUUGUCUGCAAUUAUUAGUGGACCAAAAUGACGACUCCGAACGUCGAAUAUCCGAAUUACAUAAAUUGCAUCGAGGCCAAUUGCCUGCCGAUGCUGAAUAUAAUUAUUUAGAGCAGUCGAAACGUUUGGACUUUUAUGGAAUUGAUUUACACAAAGCAACGGAUUCAAGUGGCAAAGAAAUGCAAUUAGGAGUAGCCUCUAUUGGGCUGUUGGUAUUCCAAAAUAGCACUCGCAUAAAUACAUUUUCUUGGUCAAAAAUGGUUAAAGUAUCAUUUAAACGGAAAGACUUUUUCAUUCAAUUGAGACGAGAGCCGUCGGAACACUAUGACACACUUUUGGGCUUCUGUAUGGGAUCCCACAAACAUGCCAAAGCUUUAUGGAAAUCCUGUGUUGAACAUCAUUCAUUUUUCAGACUAAAACGUCCUCAUCGACUUUCGCGCUUCCUUAAUAUAAGCUUGGGAUCAAAAUUCUAUUAUUCUGGCCGAACAGAAUUGCAGGCUGUGCAGGAGAGCAAACAACGGGGGAAAAUCCACAAAGCAUUUGUUCGAUCGCCAAGCAAACGACUGAUUCAGCAUACGUCCUCGCCAGCAAAUGGUACUUCAGAUAGUAAUGGCACCUCAAUUAAUGGAAAGAAUGCCACAUCGAUAUUAACAAUAACAAAAACAAGCCGUCCGCAUGACAAUAAGGUCACCUCAAAGCAAACGGAUUCAAUGCCCCGAAAAGCAUGGGAACAACAAAGCGAUGAGUACGACAUUCAAAUUGAGGGUGGCUUUAUAGAACAAUGUGCUCGUCGAUACGAAUCCCCAAUCCCUCCAGCAUAUAGCUCAGAAAACCACAGUCCAAUUCCGUCCUCCGGUGGUGGUGGCGACGCUGAUAAUUUAAUAACAAUACGUCUCCACUCCGAUGAACAGGGUCGUUUUGGUUUCAAUGUCAAAGGCGGUGUUGAUCUCAGUUUGCCUGUACAGGUGUCCAAAGUUGUACCACAUACUCCUGCCGAUCGAAGUAACCCUCGUGUCUGUGAGGGCGAUGAAGUUGUAAUGAUCAAUGGGCAAGAUGUUCUCGGUUUGAAACAUGAACAAGUCGUCAAUUUGAUACGGGAAUCUCGAGAGUAUCGUAAUGGAGAAUUGUCACUUACUGUGCGUCCAAACUCGCUGGUCACGAUGUCCGAAGAAGAACCGCUUUAUCAAUAUGUUCCAGAGAAUGAUGAAAUUGGCGGAUCACAGAAUAUGCUAGACGGUGAUGCGUUAUUUACGCAGAGUCUUUUAUUGCUUAGCGAUGGACUGGCAUCGGGCGCUUUACUGGCUCAGUAUGAGCAAAUGUACAGGAAGAAUCCAGAUUUGGCCAUAAGUGAGGCGAAAAAACCUGAGAAUAUCUCGAAAAAUCGUUACAGAGACAUUUCACCAUAUGACUGUACCCGUGUGGUGCUGAUAAAUAGUAAUUCCGGAGACUAUAUUAACGCCAACUACGUGAACAUGGAAAUUCCCGGUGGGGCAGUUAAUCGUUACAUAGCAACUCAGGGUCCCUUGGCUAGCACGACAACUGACUUCUGGCGUAUGGUCCAGCAAGAGUCAAGUCAUUUAGUAGUAAUGUUGACCACAGUUAUGGAAGCCGGUCGACAAAAAUGCCAUCAAUAUUGGCCAGUUACCGGUGAUGAAUUAAUGCUAGCCGAUGGAUUCUCUGUGAAAUGCUUAAGCGAAAAGGCUGACGAAACUGGUAGUUUUGUAUUUCGAGAAUUCAUACUGAUUGACAAGAAAACAGGCGAAAGACGUUCAAUUCAACAUAUGCAAUAUCUAGCAUGGCCAGAUCAUUGUGUACCGUCCGAUCCGAAUUUAUUUUUAGAAUUUACUGAACGAGUGCGUUCGGCACGCAAUAAAACAUUGCUGCAGGAAAUCGAAGAGAGCCUGAAGCAAGUUCGUCUUUUGGAUGCUGACGCUGAGAAUGGUUUGUCAGGUGAAAGGAAAUGCAUGGCGAGUAACGGAGUUACACCUGAAGAUGAGAUACCAGUUUCUACCAGUGUUCAUCAGUGCAUAAGCGCUGCCAAUCCACCUGUGAUAGUUCAUUGUUCAGCCGGAAUAGGUCGUACCGGUGUGCUGAUUCUAAUGGACACAGCACUAGCGUUAAUGGAAUCAAAAGAACCAGUUUAUCCAUUGGAUAUUGUUCGGACAAUGCGAGAUCAGCGUGCUUGCAUGGUUCAGAAUGUCAGCCAGUACAGAUUUGUUUGUGAAUGCAUUUGUGCAGCUUAUAUGAAAAUGUCAAAGAGUGCUGCUAACGAAGAGUGAUAAAUAAUUUUACUUUAAUUUUUUUGUUUUGUUUUAAACUAAAUCCAUUUGUACUUCUUAAAAUUAGUAUUACAUUAUAAUUAUUAUUAUAUACAUUUAAUUCAUCAUAAGUAAACAGAAAUAACAACAUAAUUCUUAACAACACACACAUCCCCCAUCACAGCCAUUUUUUUUUAAUCUUUAACUAUAUUUGUAUUUAUAUAAAACUCCCACUUCUAAUGACCAAAUCACAUAAAAGGCCUCAUCCUUCUAUUUGGGACCUAGUUUAUACCUGGUAUUUAUCUAUCUUUUGCUGCUUGCAAAAAUGAGCAUUUAAACAAAAACAAAUGAAAUAGAUUUUAGUUUAGAAAAUUGCUAUAAAAAUUGAUAUGAGUUUUUUAUCACACAACAGGACUGCAUAUUUUUUCUUCACAAAAAAAAAAAACACUUUUUAGGCAAUGAGCUUCCAUUUUGUUAUUUAAGUUUUAUAAACCCUGCUUUUCAUCAAAAUAGGUUCAAAACUUUUUAAUGUUCAGUAUU